CUUUGGUUGGUGACAUUCGUGACUGGCGAAAGAUCCGUCCUGACUGACUCACUCCCAUUCCGUCCCCAAACACUUGCACGAUGGCGCCACCUCAUUCUUUCACAGCCGUCGCCUCUUUCAUCUUCCAUUAUUCGCCAGGUACCACAACUCAAGCCCUCUGAAACCAAUAGGGAAAAAACCUCCUACUAGAAACAGAGACAACCAAAGCGACACAAUGAAAUUCUUGACUCCCCUGUUGACACUGACAUUGGCCUUGCGAUCGGCAUCCGCCUUUGCGCCACUACCCGCAUCGGCGCGAGCGGCGACGGCCACCUUUGCCACCAAGGCAAAAGCGUAUCCCAUCAUGGCCGAAGAAGACGUCAUGUCGCAAAAGGAACACGGCACCAGUGCGCAACCCGUGCAAAAGAAAUUGCGAUGGAAUUGUGAUUUUGGAACCGCCGAUCGCAUUUGCAACUUUAAUCGACACUAUGCCGAAUUUGCCGGAUAUUGGCAAACCACCGACUUUCUCAAGAGUCUCGCAGAAGAAGAAAAACCCAUUCAAUUUUACGACUCGGUCACGGGCGCGCAGUUGUUUACGGCACCCGUGGGACGAACUAUGGAAGACUUCUUGGUCGAAUCGCAAAAACACGGAUGGCCUUCGUUCCGUGACGAAGAGGUCAACUGGGAUUACGUGCGAUGCCUCAAGGAUGGGGAAUGCGUCUCUACCACUGGAACACACCUUGGUCACAACCUCCCUGAUAAAACUGGAAACAGAUACUGCAUUAACCUCGUCAGUGUGGCAGGACAACCAGAAGAGUAAAUGAUGAAUUCUUUCUUCAUCCACCUACCUUCAUCUUAUUAUUGGACAUAGCCUAGAGUCGACAAUUUGCUGGAAGUACUACUAGCCAGCUAGUUAGUCUAAAGGUACUAUAACAAUCCAAUCCUCC